AUUCAUAUCGAUACCCGGUCUUCAAUUCAGGUAUAAACGGCAGCGUUUCUUUUCCAAAUGAAGAUCGAUCUGGUAGAGUAGGGUUUGGAGAUCUCUCCUAUUUGAAUUAGGUAUUUUGGGAUUUCAAUUUGAAGGUCGAGGAGGUUUAACAAAAGGACAAAAUGUCUGUGAAAGUGGCACAAUCGUCAUUUAGGGAUCGGACGCAAGAAUUUCAAAGCGUGGCGGAGAGGUUAAGGAAGUCAUUCUCUUCUGGGCCGGGUCAAAAUGGAUCGAGUAGCAGCAGUACGUCGAGAGCGAAGGAACAGAGAUCUGUGGUUGCUCGUCAAUCGGAAUUUAAUAAAAGGGCUUCUAAGAUUGGGUUUGGGAUUCAUCAGACCUCGCAGAAGCUAUCUAAGUUAGCAAAAUUGGCAAAGAGGACUUCUGUUUUUGAUGACCCUACUAUGGAAAUCCAAGAGCUCACUGCAGUUAUCAAGCAGGAUAUCACUGCCCUUAAUUCUGCUGUGGUAGACCUCCAGCUUUUCUGCAAUUCUAGAGAUGAAGGUGGUAUCUCCAGUGACACAUCUAGUCAUUUAACCACAGUUGUAGAUGACUUGAAGAAUCGCUUGAUGAGCACCACAAAAGAGUUCAAAGAUGUCCUUACAAUGCGAACAGAGAAUUUAAAGGUUCAUGAGAAUAGAAGACAGUUAUUUUCUUCCACUGCUUCAAAGGAUUCCCCAAAUCCCUUUGCACGGCAGCGUCCUCUGGCUAUUAAACCAGCAGCUGGAGCUUCAAACAACCUUCCUCAGUGGGCUAAUGGUUCUGCAUCUUCAUCUCAGUUGUUUCCCAGAAAGCAGAUGGAUGGGGAGAGUCAGCCGUUGCUCCAGGAUCAACAGCAGCAGCAGCAACAAAUGGUUCCAUUGCAAGACACUUACAUGCAGAGCAGAGCUGAAGCUCUUCAAAACGUAGAAUCCACUAUCCAUGAGCUUGGCACCAUCUUCAACCAGCUAGCUACUCUGGUUUCUCAGCAAGGAGAGAUAGCUAUCAGGAUCGACGAGGACAUGGAUGACACAUUAGCGAACGUUGAGGGAGCGCAAGGGGCUUUGCUCAAGUACCUAAACAGCAUAUCAUCUAACAGGUGGCUAAUGAUCAAAAUAUUUUUUGUGUUGAUUGUUUUCCUUAUGGUUUUCCUAUUCUUUGUGGCAUAGUCAAUACAAAAGUAAGAUGUCUGGUCGAAAACAUAGUGAAAAGAAAAUGUUAGUGCCUUUUUCGUACUCUUCUAUUCUUUUGAUAUACGCUAUCCCUCUUUC